CCGGGCGGAAGCGGCGCGGCCAUGGAGCUGGGGAGAUGCUGUACAACAAGUCCGAGUACAUCGAGACGGCGUCAGGCAACAAGGUGAGCCGGCAGUCGGUGCUGUGCGGCAGCCAGAACAUCGUCCUCAACGGCAAGACCAUAGUCAUGAACGACUGCAUCAUCCGCGGCGACCUGGCCAACGUGCGCGUGGGGCGGCACUGCGUGGUGAAGAGCCGCAGCGUCAUCCGGCCGCCCUUCAAGAAGUUCAGCAAAGGGGUUGCUUUUUUCCCGCUCCACAUCGGUGAUCACGUGUUCAUAGAAGAGGACUGUGUUGUCAACGCAGCCCAGAUUGGCUCCUACGUCCACAUAGGCAAGAACUGUGUCAUUGGUCGUCGAUGCGUUUUGAAAGACUGCUGCAAGAUCUUAGACAACACAGUGCUGCCUCCCGAAACAGUAGUCCCGCCUUUCACAGUCUUCUCAGGCUGCCCAGGACUCUUCUCCGGUGAACUCCCGGAAUGUACCCAGGAGCUCAUGAUUGACGUGACAAAGAGCUAUUACCAGAAGUUCUUGCCGCUCACCCAGACCUUAGAGAGUCAAAAGGCUUUGGAAAGAGAAGUACCGUGCCACUCUCAGAACUCAGUGCAGCAGAAAGUGGGGAGUUAAAAGCAGACACUGGAGGUGGGUGAGAGAAUGCUGCAGUUGUCCCCACUUGUUAUCCAGUGUAUGCAUUUGCAGAAAGCUCUUUGGUGCUUCUCUGCAUUAUAAAACUGAAGAUAGAAAUUCAGACAUCUUGGAAAGAGUGAACAUUUCAUUUUGGACAAGCGAUACAGCAGGAUUAGUUCUUCCUGGGAACGGCUGUAUGCACGUUGGAGACAGCUGACGCUUGUGGGUACCUGCCUCAGUACCAGACAACUGGCCAAAAGUGAAUUUGCCCGCUCUGUCCGUGUUAAAUCUUAACAUCAGCCCUCUGUAACUUCUAAAACUGGGUCUCCUGCAUGUUGUAGCAUAGCAGCAGGAGGCCAGAAUGCAUUUUGAUUACGUAGUCAGCAUACAGCAGCCCUGGAGCCUUCAGCUGCUGUAUAUAGUGCAAAGUACUGAUAGACCUUAAAUAGAAACAGCUGUACAAGUACUAAAGUGUGUAGUAACUGCUGUUAAUCUAAUGUAAAACUACUGUCUGCUUUGUUUGUAUUUUUACUGUACAUAAAUUAAAGCCUCUUAAGUUGUUCAAGUAA